ACAGAAGUUUCUAGAACGCUCACACCUCGCGCUCGAGCUUCACGCGCGCCUCGCCCACGCGGGUCGUCGAGCCAGUGCGGACCGACUACAUGAGGGACGGCACCCGCUGGUGAGUAAGCCCGAGCGCCGGGCGCGCGUGAGACAACUGGAGUACUUGGCGCGCCUCGUGACCGGAAAAUAUCGCGACCGACUAGCCACAGACUGUCUUUGGAACCUGUUCUUGGACCAUUCGAAUUACGACUACCUCGUGCUGCUCGCCACCGGGAGCCGCGUUCCGCACGUGUCCCGGGAGUUGUUGCUGGCGCAGGGGGCUCCUGGUCCACCUGCGGACCACGGUCUCGCUGUGUUACUAGGAGACGGCACAACAACAUCUACUUCACGCACCAGCCCCGCCCUCCAAAUCUCUCCGGGAAAGACGCAAGCGAAGUUUUAUGUGCACAAAAACGUGCUUGGCCCCGCAGAGGACGAGGAAUUCGACUAUGUGACGGCGGCUGCGCAGGUGAAUGUCUACACGGCGGAUGUGUACUUUCAUCGGUUCCUCGUGAACAAUAAAUUUGGAACGACGGUGUCGGACCCGGCGGAAGCAGACUACUACUUUCUCCCCUUCUACGACGUGCAUCGCGAACUCUUGCAUACAGCACAACAAGUGAAAGACGUGCGGGCUGCGGUGUCUCGGCGCUGGGCGAGGCCGAAGCGACCUUCCGUUUUCGCGCUGUAUUCCGCGGUAAGAGAGUUCCUGACACGCGUCCGGCUGCGCGGAGUCGAGCUGUUGGGCGAAGUUCGAUCUGGGUCUGCGAACAAACUACCGGACGGAGAAAUAAAGCGCGUUGAGAACAAAGGCAAGAAUACUGCUAUCGUCCAUGUUUUCGACCGUCUCUACACAAUUCCAACCUUCGCGGAAAAACUGAACCUCAUCGCAAACCAAAUCCUUCGGGCGCGGCCACGGUCGCAGGAGGUCUUCGUUGAACAGUCGAGGAACUCCACGGGGCGGACAUCAAGACAGAACCGUCCCGGUCCCCACAGGACCACGAGCAAAAUGAAGGCUCGUCCACGCACGACAACGCGUCUCGAAUGCGCCAAAGCUACCUGGCACGCCGCGGUUUUUCGCCCUGCGAGGCCGGUAUCGAUUCCCGGCGGUCACGCCGGUGGAACUACAGAGUUUGACCUCCCGGUCAACUAUGCCGGCGCCCUCGCGGAGUUUUUGGAUCGCGCGGAGAACUUUGCGAUCGACGUGCACAGUCGGUUCAGCGGACUGCAAAUGGAAAAAGCGUUCCGACGGCGCGGGAAGACCGAGAAAAUUUUCACGGAACUAAACAAAACGGUGGUGGUGUUCUCGUCCAGUGCGUGGACCGCGUUAUUUGGGGAUCCGCGGCUGAAAGGGUACUCCUGGCUGUCGGACGCAACUAUUUUGGCCGUGGAGAGCAGACCGGUGCUGCAAGCGGCGAGGGUGGAAACCGUGCAGAUUAUCGAAAGCGCGGCACAGUAUCUGCUGGAAAGGGUCGAAGGAGACGAAACGAAAAUGGAAGCUGCUACUGUGCCCCCGCAAGUCGAUGAUGUACUUGUACCUUCAAGAACUCUUCGUAGCAGUUUGGAUAACACCAAGCCAGGGCUUGUCAAAGCAGACGCAGCAGAGCAGCUGCCGCCGACGGAAACGAAUACCACCGUUUCACUGGCACCACAGAGCUUCUUUGACUACCUGUCUCAUUGCGAGACUGACUUGUGCUACGACCGUCGCACCGGGGACGAGGGGAAGGCGAAUAGAAGGGAUGAAGAAAUUAUAAGCGUUGGUGUUGAACAAGAUGUUCUUGCAAGCAAGCAGGAGAAAAAACCAAAACCAAAAACUCCUCUAUCCGCUGGUUCAACGAUCAUUGUCCCGUCGGUCGUCGACAAUAACCGGGCGAAUGCGUACUUGAAGCACCGCAACUACGUUUGGCCCAAUCGGACGCAGCUUGUCUGCUGGCACGGGCAGCGCGCACGCACCGGGAGACACGGUUGGCAACUCGGUGACAGAGUCAACAACGCGUACGUUUCCGUGAACGAAACGACGAGGUCUGAGCUGGUGGAAGAACUGCAGUUCAAGACUGCAAAAUGGGAUAACUACGUAGCCACAGUCAAGAAAACACGCCGAAAAGUAGAACGAAACCGCGAGAAACUGAUGAAUUCGAGGACACCAGCAACCUCUCCCAGCACAUCUUCAAGAGCGGCUCUGACGCCAACUGCGGCUACUUCCGCGCUGGCGUAUGAGGGAGUGACCAUGCAGCACGCGGCGCUUCACGCCUCGACCAGCGGGAGCGGCGGUCUGCAUGUCGGACAGCCGAUGGGAACGAGGAUUCAUCAAAAGAUCCUCGGGGACACGUGCAAGUACUGCCUGGUGCCGCGCGGUCUCGCGGCAUACACCGGGCGUCUGUAUGAAACGUUCUUUUCCGGUUGCGUACCCGUGUCGCUCAGCGACCAUCUCGAGCCGCCGUUUUCAAUCGGUCCAACACCCUUGCGGACGAGGGUGGGGAGACGCGAAGAAAUGAAAAAUGAGAUGAAUGAUAGGAACAUGCAAGGGACCACCAGCACUGUAUCUUCGGUGAAAAUAAACACCAUUGCGUCACCCUACAUAGACUGGGGUCAGGUCGCCCUCUGGUACCCCCACAACAUGCGUCCUUGGAAGAUUGUCGAUGGGAUUACCUCCCAUCGACUACGUAGUGAAAACAAAUUGUCUUCCACUCCAAUAAAUGUAGACCCAGUGAAUGUGAAACAAAAGCCUCAACUACCCUCGUGGAAGGAGAUGCUGAUCGCCGGGGAGUAUGGAAUGUAAAAAUGUCUGGGUCUGGAAGAAUGCGCGUUCUGUCAUGCAGCUUUUCCAUGACCCAUGAGGUCUGGAAUGCAGGACCUAGCAUGACAGAUUCUGUGCGAUCUCUCUCAUGCCUAUCCUGCAUGAAAAACGCCCUCGCGACUUGGUCAAAACUGGACGACUUUUGGUAAUCAUGCAACACUGAUUUUUGCAUGCUCCAGAUUUAGUAUGACAAGUUGCAUUCUUCUAGACCCAGACAUUUUUACGUUUGAUAGGGAGAAUGCGCUCUGCAAACUCGACUGGCUCAACACUUUGGUAUCCCACAGAAAAAAGCUGGCAGGUCACAUUUGUAUUGCAAAAAUAAAUACACAAGAAAAUCUGUAUUGCGUAUCCUAAACAGCAUGCUAUGAGGCCGCCCAUGGCAGAUUUUUCUGUGUAUUUAUUUUUGCAUUACAAAGAAAUAUGCCCUGCCAGCUUUUUUCUGUGGGAUAUUUGGGCGCACCUAUUCACCAGUGCUCACCCUACAGGUCGAUUGUAGAUCUUUUGUCAAGAACACCAAGUAGAUCGGGAGCAUCAUUCUCAGGAAAUGAACAAUGUAGCUCGCACUUGACGAGGCUGCUCUUGAGCACGG